CAGCAAUCUUAUGGCAUAGUGCGUUGGUUCCUUUUAUUUUUCACAUCCCAUUCCUAUUUACUUACUCUAUCCUUUUCCUUUUUCUUUUUGGCAACUACAACCUCCUCUUUUCUCAUCACUCAUUCUCUCUCGUUGAAAUGCAUGGCGAGAAAUCGUCGCGCGCAUUAAUUCCAAAUCCCAAUGUGGAUGAGUUCCUUCGUCAAGAAGGGAUGACAGAGGAUGAAUACAAACGAAUUUAUGACCUUCGAUACUGCACUAUUCUAGUACCUUUCGACGAAAGUGAUGAAGAAAACUUGGGACAGGAUCGCAAAAGUGUUACUUCCAAGGAUAAUUCUCACGAAACACCCAAUAACGAUUCAGUACCAUGGACGCCCCCCAGGCGUCGUGGAGACAAGCAGCCAGGGACGCCAACGUCUGCUCAAUCACAGAAACCAGAAGUCUUCCCAGUGCUUACAACAAGUCAUGGUGGCAAUCAUACGCCAAUUCGUCCAAUUGGUCUUUUGACUCCAACGGAGAACCGUCAAAAAUCACCCUUACAAAAUAUUUCUGACACAUCACAGGUUUUAAAUAAUGACGAAGAUCAGGAAGAGGAUUUUAAUGAAUCAAAUAAGGGUGUUCUCACAACCAGUGAUCCCCUAUCAAGUUACCUCACCACAGCACGGCAUAAUGGACUUCAUUUGACUGACAUUGCGUGCGGAAGAUCUGCUGCGCUGACCACCGCUUCUAUAGAGGAUGGGGGCGAGGGGAUUGCUGACUCUGAGAUGUUCCAUGAUGCCCUUGAACUGUAUGAUGAGAACGAAGAAGUAUCUUUUUCGGAACAUCAGGACAGACAUGGUGGUCCAUCAAAAGCAGGAAUCAAGAGGAGGCGCUGGGAACUAGAAUCAUCACCGAAACUUCUGCAGCAGAGACAGCCUAGUACAACGAAGCGCGUAGCACUUGCCAUUUCGUCUUCAAUUGACACUACAUCAACCACAUUCACUCCAACCACGCUUUUAAAACCAAGGUCGUUUACACCAACUUUAAUUCCUCCUUUGCUGCAAAGACGUGGUUCAAACGCCUCAGAUGCUUCUUCUGCAUCUGGCGUAGGUCAUACUCAAGGAUCCCUUUGGACGACCCAAGACUGGAAAGCUCUUGAGGAAGUUUAUAACGAUAUGAAUGCCAGCUCUAUGGUAGAAGCAGAUCUCGGUCAAGUUGCUGACCGAUUUUUGGCCGAACAAGAAUCUAAAACGGGCGAAACUCCAUCUUGGUCAAGAGAGAAAGUACUUUUUCGCUGUGUCGCCCUUCACAGAGUGCGCAACAAUACUCAUAAGAAGCCAAAUCAUAAUCUAUUUGAUUGGGAACCGACGCCUUUUUCUCACACACGUGGCGCUAAUCGUCGGUUAGUACAGCCAUAUCCUUUGCGGCGGACACAAAGAUCUGAAACACCGCAGCGUGGAGCAGACGGUGCCUCAUCAAGUGCCAUUUCCGAUUUUCUGAGCCAUCAACGCGCUGAUCGAAGCAAUAGACAUAGAGCGGAAGAGCAGGGGUACCAGCUCAAGUCUGUAUUCAAGCAUCGAUUGGCCUCGGGGUUGCGGACUGUCGGUCAGCUUAUUCCUUUUUGGAAAGAUGUAGAGCAAGGUAACGUUGACAUCAAGGAAAAGGUCAAGGUACCACUGGUCCCUGUAGGCAAGGCUCUGGCGGUUAUUGAGACAUUUGAGAGCAAGAAGCAGACAUCUGAAGCGACACAACCAUACUCGCGACCUGGAUCGGCCAUGUCUCACCGCUCCGACUCCACAUGUGAGAGUGUCGCAGGGAUGUUAGCGAGAGGUCAUUCUGAACGUUCUCACUCAGCUUCGAAGUAGUCGUGACAUUCAGGAUAGCAAGGCAAUUUUGUUAUGAAUUUUGGACCCCAUUGGUCAACCUUUUUUGUCAAUUAAUGUUUACAUUUGUAUCAGUAGAU